AUGUACAGCUGGCCGCCGCACAUCCCCCUGGCUCGAGACGCAUCGAACUUCAAGGGCCAGAUCCUACAUUCCUGCACAUUCACCGAUCGCAAGGUUGCAUCAGGCAAGAAGGUCGUCGUCGUCGGGGGUGGCAAGUCUGCAGUUGACAAUGCAGUUUCCGCCGCCAAGGAAGGCUCCCAAACUACCCUUGUAUGCAGGUCGUGGCAUUGGCCGGUGCCGCGUUACUUGCUGAACUUGGUCCCUUUCAAGUAUGCGACCUAUAGCCGCUUCGGGCAUUGGUUCGUGCAUCCUCACCACGGAGAAGGCGCCACUUCUACAUGGUUCCAUGGUACUUGUGCUCCGGUGAAGUGGCUGUGGUGGCGUGCUGUCGAAUUCAUGUUCCGUGGCCAGUUCCAGAUUCCCAGCAGCAUGAUUCCCGAGGAAGGCAUUGAGACAGACCUAUUCAGCGGCGGGCAGAUCUUGAAUUACGAUUUCCGAGACAUGCUCAACUCCGGGAAAAUCCAGACAAUUUGUGGCGCAAUCGACAAGUUCACUGGAACAGGUGUCGUGCUCGUCGACGGGAAAGAGUUGGACGCAGACAUGGUGAUUUACGGAACAGGCUUCGGGAAGAACUAUGAUAUUUUCGACAAGGUCAUCCAGAAAAAGCUCAACAUUCAGAAGGACGGGCUGUACCUGUACCGCAACGUCAUCCCACCUCAGGUGCCGGAUGUGGCCUUUAUUGGUUGCGAGGUGGCCACCUUCAACAAUAUCUUGACGCACGGCCUCCAGGCGCUCUGGCUUCAGAAGAUGCUCUCCGGCCAGAUGCGGCUGCCGAAGCCAGGUUCUAUGGAGAAAGCUAUCCAGAAGGAGCUUUCAAGCAUGGAAGAGAACAUGGAUGCCGCCAGCGAGUGCCCGCGCAAGCUUGUAUCAGCUACACAUGCAUCGUCUGUCGAUGUCGCGCUGAUCUGCGUGACCGACCCGCUCGAUAUCGCCUCUCUGUGGCAGUCGGCGAGGAGGGAUCUGAGCAACACGUCUGCGAUGGCUUCGAGUGGAGUGGCGGAUAGACCAGAUUUAGGCGUUAGGUUAGUCAUGGCUGUGCAGCCGCCGUUGGCUAUGGCGAUUGCAGGGUCGUGCUGGCCAGCAGUCGGAAGGGCCUUGUCCUCACCCGGGGGCCUCCGAAACUCGGGGAGCACUCCCAGCUGUGGCCAGCCAAAGCGUGGCGAGCAAUCGGCACACAGGCAUGUUCGCCUGACCUUAGCCGCAGCGGGCGCAGGGGCUGCAAGGGCGGCGGCUGCAGCAGUCGAGGCACCGCCGGUCGAGCGUCGGGCACGAAGGCGGAGAACUCGUCGUCGGCAGCCUGCACAACCGGAAGAGGAAUCCACAACGCAGGAACAGGAGGAAGAAGAAGCGCCUGCAAAGGCAUCCGAAGCCAGCGACAGUCAGGAGAUCUUCUUUAAGCCAUACCCUGCGCACUGGAGGCAAGGUCAGCUUACCAGCGGGCUCCAAAGUGGGCAGCUGCUAGUCGGGGAGCUGAGGCAGAUGCUCAACUCGCGGACGCUGGGUGUCGUUUACGUCCCGGACGCGGGGGAGUUCCUCAUUUCAGGCCAAAAUGCCAUGAACCGUGCCGUUGACGGAGACAUAGUCAUUAUCGAAAAGCUGCGAGCUUCCGAGGCCAAGCGGGGACGACGACAAGAGUUGAAGGGAAAGGCACUGAAGGAUGGCAACGACGUUGUGGUCAUGAUGGGCAAGCCAGCUGCGACUAUCGUUGCCAUCAAAAAGAGAUCCCAGAGAGAGGUGGGUGGAACAAUUUAUGCCAUCGAUGCUCUGGAGGAGAAGCGGGAGCUUCUCUGGAAGACCAAAGGCGUGGAGCAGGAUGACUGUCUCUUCGUCCCGGCGGACAGCAGAUUCCCGGACAUGUUGGUCAAAGUCACGCCCGAGAAGUACGAGGAUCAGCGGGUCACCGUCAUACUCAACACUUGGCAGCAGUUCUGCCCAUAUCCUCGAGCACGCUUCUCGCGGAGUCUGGGCAAGAUUGGGGACGUAGAGGUUGAGACGGAGAUGAUCUUGCUGGAGUUCAACGUCAAGGACGAGCCCUUCACAGAGGAAGUGCUGAGCUGCCUUCCACCGGAAGACUUCGCGCCGUCAGAGGAGGAUUUCAAAGGUCGCAUGGACUUUCGAGAUGUGUGCGUAUUCUCGAUCGAUCCUCCCGGUUGUGAAGACGUCGAUGACGCCCUGAGCUGCGAGCAGCUGGACAACGGCAACUUCCGCAUUGGGGUCCACAUCGCCGAUGUGACCCGGUUCGUGAAGCCGGAGACCGAGUUGGAUCGGGAGGGCGCAGAGCGGAGCACAUCCGUCUACCUUGUCAACAGGCGAGUGGACAUGCUGCCCAAGCUUUUGACAACGGAGAUCUGCUCCUUGAGAUUUGACGGCAAGGACCAUUUGACCUUUUCUGCGGUUUUCGAGCUGACCCCGGAUGCGGAAAUGGUCAGUGCGCAAUUCAACAAGGCUGUGAUUCGAUCCAGAGGGGCUCUUUCCUACAAGGAGGCUCAAGAAAGGUUGGACUCCGAUCCAGCGGAUGACCAGUCGGAAGUCACCGUGGCCAUCCGCAACCUCUGGGCUCUUGCCCAAAAGCUUCGGUCAAAGAGGAUCGAGGACGGAGCCUUGAACUUGGAGAGCGGUGAGCUGAAGUUUGAGCUCGAUUCAGAGAAUCAAACUGCUGUCAACGUCUUCCAGUACCAAACCUACGACACCAAUCGCCUCAUCGAGGAGUUCAUGCUCCUGGCGAAUCGGAGAGUGGCGGAGGAGAUCAGUGGCUGCUGGGACAAGACGAGCGUUCUGCGACGGCAUCCGCCGCCGAAGGAGGAGAGCAUGGACGACUUGGUGACCCUACUGGAUGCUUACGGGAUCAAAGACUUCAAGCAUGCCACGAACAAGGAGCUCCAGAGGUCUCUGGACACUGUGGACAAGCCAGACGACCCCUUCUUCAACAGGCUGGUGCGCAUUCUUUCUACGCGCUGCAUGGAGCCAGCGAGGUAUUUCUGCACUGGAGAUGGAGAGCUCCAGAAGAGUCAGUGGGCGCAUUUCGGUUUG